AAUAUACCGUAGAUGGUGUUCUCGGUAGUUUACCUAUAUUGCAGAGAAAUCUGAGUUCUCUAAGGCAGACAGAAAAAACAAUCGUACCUCCUUGACAUAACGUUAUUCCGUCUUGAGCAACUGGACGGACAUGGGACAUUUCAUGGAUACUAACUAAUGCAUCUUAAAUGUAUCAGAACGGGUUAUGUGGUGACCCAAAACAAAGUCAUACAUUUACUUCUAGACCCCAUGGACUGCAUUGGGCAGAAGUCUCUGGGAAGGAGAUCAGCUAGCUACCUUACCUUCACCACUAAGAGGACAUAGAGGAACGGUUUAGUUGUCCAGUCUGUCUAUUGAGGAGCCAGAGGAUGCAGAGCUGGCCUACACCAUGAGAGACCUUCCCCCCACCCCCCCACCCCGGGGUGCAUCUGUGGACCAAAACACGACUCCGGGAUGCCACACACCUGUCGUUGACCGAGAACCAGAAGGAACUGGGCUUGAGAUGGGGCGAUCCCCUCACACCCCAGGAGGGACACCCCUGCUUUCUCGGCCCUCCCCUAGUGGCCCCCCUCCCUUCACCCCCCCCAGGACCAAACGUGCCCCCCUGGAGGGAGAGUUUGAGCCGCUGAAGUUGAGGAAGUACCAGCUGACCUCUAUGGGGUCGCGGUCCAUGGACUCCUCCCCUCAGUCCCGACCACGCAGCCCCUGGGGACACUUUGACCCUUACGACUCUGCAGAGGACAUGGACAGGGAGUAUGUGGGCUUUGCCACUCUACCCAACCAGGUACACAGGAAGUCAGUCAAAAAGGGUUUUGCCUUCACCCUCAUGGUAGCAGGAGAGUCUGGUCUGGGUAAAUCCACUCUGGUCAACAGUCUGUACCUUACAGACCUCUACAACAACAGGAAGGUGCUGAAUGCAGAGGAGCGGAUCGUGCAAACAGUGUUCAUCACCAAACACACCGUGGGUAUCGAGGAGAAGGGGGUCAGACUCAGACUCUCCAUCGUAGAUACACCAGGGUUUGGUGACGCUGUCAACAACACAGAGAGCUGGAAAGAGAUAGAGGACUACAUUGACCAGCAGUUUGAGCAGUACUUCAGAGACGAGAGCGGCCUGAACAGAAAGAACAUCCAGGAUAACAGAGUCCACUGCUGCCUCUACUUCAUCUCUCCCUUCGGACAUGGUCUGCGGCCGUUGGAUGUGGAAUGUAUGAGGGCUCUGCAUGACAAGGUGAACAUAGUCCCUGUUCUGGCCAAAGCUGACAGCCUCACACCCACUGAGGUCCGCAGGAAGAAGAUGAAGAUCCGAGAGGAGAUGGAGAAGUUUGGCAUCAACAUCUACCAGUUCCCAGACUGUGAAUUUGAUGAAGAUGAGGAGUUUAAACAGCAGGAGCAGCUGCUCAAGGACAGUAUUCCUUUUGCUGUAAUAGGCAGUAACAUCCAGGUUGAGAGUAAAGGACGCAAGUUCAGAGGUCGGCUCUACCCCUGGGGUGUAGUGGAAGUGGAGGACCCGGCCCACAGUGAUUUCCUGCUGCUGAGGAACAUGUUGGUGAAAACUCACAUGCAGGACCUGAAGGAUGUCACCAGAGAGACACACUACGAGAACUACAGAGCACAGUGUAUACAGAACAUGACACGCAUGGUGGUGCAGGAGAGGAAACGCAGCUUGCGUGAUAAGAUUCAGAGUGAGAGCAGCGCUGACUUCCCCAUGACCCCACUCCCACUGGCCCCUGUAGACCGCGAGACAGAGAGGCUCAUCUGGGAGAAGGACGAGGAGUUGAGGAGGAUGCAGGAGGUGUUGGAGAGGAUCCACGAGCAGAUGCAACAAGGACAGAAACCAGACUACUGAUUUACCAACAAUCCUCCUGGGCCUCUGAGGUCCAUUCCUGUAGACACCUAGAAAAGGGAAGGAGGGAAUUUGCAUCAGAGGAAGAAAUGUGACAACCUCACUCAAACCAGCACCAUUCUCCUCAUUGGUGUAUCAGCCUUCAAGGUCUCCAUGGAGAUGAGAUGGGGCAGGAAUCCUCUGCAUCUGAAUGUUCUGAACCCAUGUCAUUUUUGUUCCCUGAGAAAUAAGGAGGUCCUGUAAACGUUGUUAGUAAUGCUGUGGCCUAGUCUUGAUUACCGACAUACCUGAGGUGUCAACUUAGACCGUUGAAGUGUCAGAAAGAAAGAAGCAGCACAAACAGUGUGUAGUAAAUGUAAUAUGAUUUAUUAAGAAUCUUCAUUAUUAUUUGUUUUCAUCAUA